GGUAUGUAGGAACGCGGUUACCUGCCAAAAAUUCACUGAAUUUGUGCUCAACUGAACCAUUCUAGGCUGUCUGCUCAGACAUAUAGUUCUAGUUUUCAAUGUUAUUGUUUACAUAGUCUAUGGUUCGAAAGUUCAAAGAUAUGUUCAGCUGAUUUGAUAAUAACAAUAUCGUAAAAGUAUCCUUCCUUUUUUCACAUCAGUCAUCAAUAUUUAGAUUAGUAGUGGGCACCUAUACACGAUUGUUAAGCAAUACUAUCUUGAGGAAUCAAUAAUAAAACUUUAAGUGGGCACCAGACAUACUGAUGGUACCAGACGAUAAAGUACAAGUGCUGAUUUCUAGUUACCAAAGCAAUAUUAUCUAAGUACUUUGCAGACGAGUGAAAAUAUAUUAAGUGUUCGUCAUUUAGGAUCUGUCUAAUUAUUUUUAAUCUGCCAUAUCACAAAGGAGUACACCUGGUUGCUGCAUGAAAUGGUCGUUAAUUUAGACUUUGAAGAAUUUCCACUACAAAAAUCCAACAGGAGUGGAAAAAGUGCCAAGACAUUACCCUUCAAAGUACCUUCGAAAGUAGCUCGGCUUUGUAUUCUGGGCAUAUUUUUUCCAUGUUUGUUAUUGAGCGUGCCGCUUUAUCUGCGUUACCGCGUAUAUGGUGCUCAGCUCUAUCCGUUGGCCAUGUCUGAUAUGCGGCUUUUGGACAGCCGAAUUUCAACCACUUGGUGUCAGAGACAAAAGGUGAAGGUGAACGCAACAUUCAACGCUUUCUUGUUGUCCAGCGUACCAAAAUUAGCAACGGAAACCAAACAAUUGUCCAUGACGAGAGAAUUGUAUUUGGAAGAUGACACCAAAGAGUACUGGGGAUUCUAUCUGCUGAAAGGCACCAAUGUAACGGUAUCAACUUGUGUAAGAUGGCCAGGAGCCUCCCUCAUCCUGAUCCGCGGCCACAAGCACCUCCACGAAUGCGCCUACAUCGGCGACGACUCCUCAGAAGAACUGGAAGAACUGAUGGAAGCGGCUCGCGAGAAGGCCGGCGAUCCUGAGACCAACUCCUCGCAGCCCCAACAGCAGGCAAACGACCCCGACCUGAUGAAAUGGCACAGGCCCGAGGUGCAAUUCCACAGCCCGGUGCAUCUGAAUAACAGCAGGAGUUUGGGUCAGGACGCGCACAACGGCGUGGCUGAUGACGCAGAGACCGAUCCCAAGGCGAUGAAGCCCAUCUUGGAGGCGCUGCGCCAUAAGUACAAGCAGAGCAAACCCCUGAACGCGGAGCACACUCACCGCAACUCCACGGUAGCCAAGGAAGAAGAGGAAAACAUGCACAUCGAGAAACCUCGAGAAGCCACCGAGCCCGAGAAAGUGCUGACGGAUAUUUUGGGGAAGCUGAAGAGAUUGGGAGACCAGGGUCCGGAGGUGUUGCACAAAUUGAACGAGCAGUUCAAGAAGAACCAUAGCGAUAGUGAGGGAGCCUUCGAUACGAAGUCGAGGACAUAUUCGAAGCCUGCAGUCGAUUUCGACGAGUAUGUGGAUCAGGCUAGACGGAGGAAGCGCGAUUUGAUCUUGGCCACUGCUCUUGGCGGGAAUCAGGAUGACAAGGAGAAUGAUAUGGGGAUAGAAGAGGCCUUCGUUGUUGAUGGUAUAGCCGACCAUAGAGGGACUAUCAACGAGACCACGUUGAACGACAUGAGCAACAGUGAAUUCUGGUCGUCCUUUUCCAGCUCUGAAGAAGCUUUGCUGAACUGCGCUGGGCUCAUUCUGAGUUUGCCGCUGAUGCCUCAUUCUCAGUGUCUUCAGAAUGUAAGCGCAGAGGAAAGCUAUGUGGAUAACUCGAUCACAUACAGGGUACCAACAAAUGGAUACUAUUUCUUCGUUUUCAAUAGCGAAAACGAAGUGGUGACAAACUACAUCCGAGUCAAUUUCAACAUAGAAAAAACAGUAUACGACAUAUCCAACCCUGUGGCGCGUUGCAUCAACGAUUCCGAAUGCGCGCUAAAUCUGGACUUCUUUUCCUCUGAAAAACUAGUCAUGGAACUUCCUCUAAAUAGAAACGAUAGUCUUCACAAUGAAGAGUUUAUCGUUAUCUCGGAAUGCGAACCGAGAACCGCCCUGUAUGCGGUGUUUGUGAUAUUAAUACCCAUUUUGAUUGUUACAUUUGCUCUUUAAUAAAAUUAGUAUUUUAA